AUGGCAAAAAUUAGUACUAGUGGGCCAUCUGAUAGAGUGACACCAAGAAGACAAGACUCCCUUAAAAAUGACGUAGAGGGUAGGACCGGCCCCACCCACCUAGUUGCCAUCCCCCGACCCCCAAGAGAAGGCAACGUUGCAGGGCUCAGUAUCACUCACAAUACCACUUAUCCUAUUCCUACUUCACCCCUUCACAACUUCACACGUCUCCUUCUUCUUUUCCCAAUUUUCUUCCUUUUCAUCUCCAACCCAACUUUUUUGCUGCUGAAAUACUCCAUAGCACCAUUCCUAUAUCAGCCAUUCAAGGUUGCUGUUAGCAGUCAUCACACUGAAGCAUGGCAUGCUCCUUACGUUCGGUGGUUCUCUCCAGUGAUGAAAGCUUCCAUCUUCACACUAAAUUACGACAAACUAUUGGCUAAUCAAAUUUAUAGAGGUCUUGGGUCAAGAUUUUGUAAUCUGUUCCAACAUGAAAAGUACAAUGUUUCUUCAAUCUUUGACAAUAGAACAAGUAAACCUGAGAGAAAAAUGAAAUUCCAAUUUCAAGAUGCUGUGACAUUCAUUGUUUGGAAGCAGUGGAGCUACGUUAGCAGUGCAACACUCUUAAUUAUAUUUACAUUAUUGGUCAUUCCAAAUGCUAAUGCUGUAGAUGCUCUUAAGACUUGUGCUUGCUUACUGAAGGAAUGCAGGGUGGAGCUUGCCAAGUGCGUUGCAAAUCCAUCAUGUGCAGCUAACGUUGCUUGUCUUCAAACUUGUAAUAACAGACCUGAUGAAAUUGAAUGCCAGAUAAAAUGUGGCGAUUUGUUUGAAAAUAGCGUUGUAGAUGAGUUCAAUGACUGCGCAGUCUCACGAAAGAAAUGCGUACCACGGAAGUCUGAUGUAGAAUCAGACAAACUUGUGGGGAAUUUGUCAUGGCGAAUACGGACUCCAGAUACUGGAUUUUUCACACGAUCAGCUGUACAGAAAUUUGUCCAAGACCCAAAAUAUCCUGGAAUACUGUACAAUCAUGACAACGAGUUUCUUCACUACCAAGAUGACUGGUACAUUCUUUCAUCGAAGAUAGAAAACAACCCUGAUGAUUAUGUAUUCGUAUACUAUCGAGGCAGGAACGAUGCAUGGGAUGGUUAUGGUGGUGCUGUGGUGUACACGAGAAGCGCAGUUUUGCCCGAAAGCAUUGUACCUGAACUGAAAAGGGCUGCUCAAAGCAUAAACCGCGACUUCAACAAGUUUAUAAAGACAGACAACACGUGUGGACCCGAACCUCCUCUAGUCGAGAGAUUGGAAAAGACGGUGGAGGAAGGAGAGAAGACAAUAGUAAAAGAAGUCGAGGAGAUAGAAGAAGAAGUAGAAAAAGUGAAGAACACAGAGAUUUCUUUGUUUCAGAGAUUAGCAGAAGGAUUCAAAGAGCUCCAAAAAGAUAAAGAUUAUUUCCUAAAUGAAUUGAGUAAAGAAGAAAUGGAUAUUUUGAGUGAACUGAAAAUGGAAGCAGGGGAGGUGGAAAAGCUCUUUGGUGAAGCACUUCCAAUAAGGAAAUUAAGAUAG